UGUCAACUCCGCUCCCCUCCUCCAUUUCAUUUGCAACAUCGCACGAACGAGAAAUGGCCGCCGAAUCUACUCCCACCACCAACGGUCCUGCCACCACCGUUCCUGCCAAGCGGCCCUUCCCCGACUUUUCAGAGGCUCCAGCUGCCAAUGCAAACGAAUCCACAGAACAACGCGCCAAGCGGUUGGCAGCUCUCUUAUCCACUCCUGUCAAGGAUGGUCUUACGGCCGAAGAGCUCAUGAACCCCCAAUUGUCGGGUGGUCUUACUUACAAUGACUUUCUCAUUCUCCCCGGCUAUGUGGACUUUCCUGCCAGCAUUUGCUCACUCGAAAGCAGAAUCACAAAGAGAUUCACCCUCAAAACUCCAUUCCUCUCCAGUCCCAUGGACACUGUCACCGAAACCCAGAUGGCCAUUCACAUGGCCUUGAACGGAGGGUUGGGUGUCAUUCACCACAACUGUCCCGUGGAGGAACAAGCCGACAUGGUCCGAAAGGUCAAGAAAUUCGAAAAUGGUUUCAUCACGGAUCCAAAAUGUCUGGGCCCCGAACACACUGUCCAGGACGUUUUCAACAUUAAGCAGCAGUAUGGAUUCUGCGGCAUUCCCAUCACCGAGAAUGGAAAGCUCCACUCUAAACUCCUUGGAAUCGUCACAUCCCGCGACAUUGAUUUCCUCCAAACUUUGGAAGACCGCCAACGCCUUCUUAAAGAUGUGAUGACCACCGACCUCGUGACAGCACCACAGGGUGUCUCCCUCUUUGAAGCCAACACAAUUCUCAAAGCUUCGAAAAAGGGCAAGCUCCCUAUCGUUGACGGUCAAGGUCGUCUCACCGCGCUUUUGGCCCGCUCCGAUUUGGUCAAAGCAAGAGACUAUCCCUGGGCGUCCAAGAUGCCAUCUAGCAAGCAGCUCCUCGUUGCUGCGGCCAUCAGUACUCACGACGAAGACCGUGUCAGAUUGCAAGCUCUUGUGGAUGCUGGUUUGGAUAUUGUCGUGUUGGACUCUUCCCAAGGAAACUCUAGCUUCCAGAUCGAAAUGAUAAAGUACAUCAAGCAAACCCACCCUCACAUUGAUGUCAUUGCCGGAAACGUCGUAACACAGGAACAAGCAAGGCGGUUGAUCGAGGCUGGUGCUGAUGCAUUGCGGGUUGGAAUGGGUAGUGGAAGUAUUUGCAUUACUCAAGAAGUCAUGGCGUGCGGUCGUCCUCAAGGAACAGCCGUGUUCCGGGUAUCCCAAUUCGCCCGCCAAUUCGGCGUACCUGUCAUUGCCGAUGGAGGUAUCGGCAAUGUUGGUCAUAUCGUCAAAGCCCUUGCCCUCGGCGCCUCGGCUGUCAUGAUGGGCUCUCUCCUUGCAGGCACAUCUGAAUCACCUGGUGAAUACUACUACCACGAAGGCCAACGUCUGAAAAAGUACCGUGGAAUGGGAUCAAUUGAUGCCAUGGAAAAGGGUGAUGCGGCUGGAAAACGUUAUUUCUCAGAGGCGGACAAAAUCAAGGUGGCUCAGGGUGUUGCGGGCGCAGUCGUAGACAAGGGAUCUGUAAAAAAGUUCUUGGGCUACCUUGCCACCGGGGUUCAGCACUCGCUGCAAGACAUUGGAACAAGAACUUUGGUGGAUUUGAGGGACGCAGUUGUCAAUGGUGAGGUGCGAUUUGAGAAGCGUACUGCAAGUGCGCAGUUGGAGGGGGGUGUACAUGGAUUGCACUCUUAUGAGAAGCGUUUGUUCUCGUAAAUUGCGGAUUUUACUUUUGGGGGAUAGUAGAUAGUUUCGAUAGCUUGAUCACUUAGGUAGAGCAUUUUUUUCAUUUUUUUUUCGAUGAUGUGCCGGCUUGAUUAGAAGGAGCCGCUCUUGUAUACAUUUUUUCAAAACUGUAAUCUCUUGUGUUCAGAA